AAGUUCCCAAAAAUCCAAGAAUUUUAUAUUGGAAUAUACCAUCAUCUACGACAGCCAUCCAGGCCAAAAAUUCUCUACCCGUUUUUCGUCUCAAACCCAUAACAAAAAGUUGUGCAGUUCCCUCCCUGCCCGGAAGAAGAAACCCAUUUCGGCUUUCUAUCGUUGCUUUCCUUAAUUGUAUAUAAUAGAGUUUCUUCUAUGCUUGGAGUAACAAGUGAUCGCAGAGAUUAUUAGUAUCCCUCUUUUUAGGGGUUUCCUUGUCAAUUUUGGAGUCAGAUCUAACUGGGUUUCUAUAAGUUCAGAUUUUUGUUCGAGGGAUGCAAUUAGCAUAAGAAUCUCUAUCUCUCUCUAAUGCCUCUUGGUACCCAUUUGUCCAGAUUCUAAAUUCUUUUCAUUAAUUUGUUUUCUUUUGUUCGGAGUUCGGACACCAAAUCCUGCUAGAUCUGAUGACGCGAUCUUACAAUCCAGUUAUAGAGUUCUAUCGCUUCCACGAUAUAUAGAUUAUAUAGCCACAAGAACAUUCAGUUCUUUGUUGAAUUCAGCAGAUAAAGAAGGGGUUUGGUUUUUGUUACUAUUUUUUUUUAAUCGAUGAGAAUGGAUAUUGAUGAUUUUCGAUCCAUUCUGGAGAGUUCAGGCGUUGACGUCUGGACUUUUAUCGACACGGCGAUUCUGGUAGCUUCGUCUGAUUUCGGGGAUGAAUUGAAGCAACGGAGGGAUAAGAUUGUGGAAAUGCUGUAUGCAUCGAGUUCCUCCGGUCGAUGUAGGAAUUGCGAUUUUGAUAUGGACGGGAUAAGUAAUAGGCAUGAACUGAAAGAAAAUAGGCAUGAAGUAAAAGGUGGAGAUGGAGGUGGAAGUGGUUCGCCUUCAACGACGCCUAGGUCGAUUCAUGGUGAUGAUGAUGAAGAAGAAGAUGAUGAAUUGGAUCCAUAUGCAGGAUUGUUCGAUGAUGAGCAGAAAAAGAUUUUAGAGAUCAAACAACAUCUUGAAGAUCCUGACCAGUCUGAAGAUUCUCUGGUUGAUUUGCUUCAAAGUUUAGCAGAUAUGGAUAUAACCUUCAAGGCACUCAAGGAGACUGAUAUUGGUAGACAUGUCAAUCGUUUGAGAAAGCAUUCAUCCAAUGAUGUUAGAAGAUUAGUGAAGCAACUUGUCAGGAAAUGGAAAGAAAUUGUAGAUGAAUGGGUGAGGCUAAAUCCACAAGGGGAUCAAGCAUCCUCUGCUCUAAUGGCUGAUGGGGACUCCCCACAGCGGAAAAUUCCCCAGAAUGUUCAUCACCAGGUUCCUGAUUUUGCAUACUCUCCAAAUCCACACAAUGGGAGUUCUGGUUCAGACAAGAAUAAUUCAGAACCAGAACGAAAGCCAAAACCGGUUCCUCGAAAAGAAGCUCCACCUAGACCUACCCAACAGUCAGUUCCUAUUUCUGCAUCUAACAAUUUUCAGAGACAGAAAGAGCAGCAAGAAAGAGCGAGAGAUUUUGAUUCUGAGAGACUGGCUUCUGCAAGGAAGAGGCUUCAGGAGAAUUACAAAGAAGCCUUAAAUGCCAAGAAGCAAAGAACAAUUCAAGUGAUGGACAUACAUGAGAUUCCAAAACCCAAGAAUGCCUUCUUUUCAAAGAACAAAGGUGGUGGUUCUCAGGGGAGGCAAUGGUGAUUUUGGGAAGGUCUCUAUGGGGGGGGGGGGGCACAGGAAAAGACCUGAGUCCAGUAUAUCUUUUUUUUUUUUUUUGCCUCGUUAGAAGAAAAGGGCACAUUUUCCUCUGAAUUUUCUUUAUGAUUAAAAAUAUAGACUUGAACAAGCUAUUUGGGAGAAAUAGAGUUUUCAGGUUGUCAUUAGUUGGGAAGUGUUUAGUGGAGAGUUGUGAAUAUUUAGCCUAUUAGAGCAUAAUUGUAAACAAUUUUUAAAAGCAUUUUCAUUAGUUUUAGACUACCAUUGAAAUCA